GCGAUUUCAUCGUUGGCUGAUCAAUUCCCUAUCACGCAACGAGCUCUUAGAGGCAAUUGGGGUGGACUCUCCCAUCGCCAUCUCCAUCUCCAUCUCCAUCUCCAUCAUGGGAUCCCCCGGUUUCUCGCACAGCCACAUGGCUACUGUGAUAGCCUAUGCAAUUAUCGUUCUUAUCGCGAGCGGCAGAGCGCAAGCCCGGGUCCUGCGCUCGGUGGAGGAGGCCCCAGCAAGUCCCACCAUUUCUCUCGCAGAUGUUUAUCGUGCUUGCGAGUCUUUUACCGGAGUGUGUAAUAACAGCGCGGCGUGUGUUGCGGCCAUCUCCAAGUACAGAAAUGACGUGUAUGGAGUGGCUGACCACUGCGACUGCGCCAAUGCCAUCGGAUACGAUCUGGUCAACGCCUAUUCUGCGAUCAGCCCCGCCGUGACGUACAUCUCCAACUGCAUGCCGGACUGUCUCUUUGGAGAAGCCUGCCCUUUCGUCUCCAUGAUGAUUGCACUCCUGAGCAACGGCGGCGGGCGAGGAGCGAUGGCUGGACCCAACAACACCGCCUUUACAGGUGUCGGCUUGGUGAAGCUGAACAUAGAGACCAGCCAAGUGUUGUUCAACCUGACAUCUGCCGGUCUGACUGACGACGUCCUCAAGGCGGGAAUGGAGGUCACGAUCAAGAGGGGCACGCCUAUGGACGAUGGAGAGGUUGUGCUCACUCUGUCGACGGCAACUCCGGGAGUUGUGGCUGGAUCCGUGAAGGUGCCCGACUUCCAGGCGGCCAAGGACAUCUCCUACUCUCCAGAGGAAUACUAUUUGGAGGUUCGCCCUAAGCAAUCAAGGGCAGGGAACCUCAGGGGCACGUUAGGAGCCACCGCGGCGUUGAUGGCUAAGGUGUCGUCCAUCGGCUGCGCUCCGCCUUCAUCAAGCGACAGCGGGGAGCUGACGGGCUUAACGGGUAUGGUGAGUAUUGUGGCCGACAGCUUCCGGGUGUGCUACAAGCUGGGCGGCAUCGCUAACAACACGGAGAAGGGCGCGAGUGUGAACAGCGGGGAAAUGUGCAGUGGCGACAGUUCCGUGGUUUUCCCGCUCUUCGGUGGGGCUGGUUCCGCAGAGCCCCAGAUGUCUGGCUGUGGCACCCCGCCCAGGUCCAGCAUCUUCGAUCUCCUUGCCAGUCCGAGCGCCGCCUUCGCGAGUCUGAACGUGACCAGCAACUGCUCCGCUUCGCCUGUGGUCACUCUCAAGGGCGGGUUCGCGUCGAAGGUGGAGUUGACCACAACGCUGGAGAAGAAGAACGUUGGUGCUGUGCUUGCCGGGGCAGAAGAGGAGAGCGAGGAUGAGCAGGAGGACAGGGAGAGAGGGGAUACGAAGAUCGAUCUCGUGAUCGGAGAGGGCUAUGGUUGCUACUCCUUCACGCCUGGAAAGGAUUUCCAGGAUGCAACCACAGUCUACCUCCGUGAAGGAAAGGAGAACACGCAAGGAGAUGUGCUGGCCAUGCUCUUCAGCGGAGAAGUCCCGCCGCCGAAAACCGGCUGUGUCGCUCUUGACAACGACAUCAUCGCUGCUAUGGCCAUCAAUCCAGCGUCGUACUACGUGACAAUGAACACGCUCCAGAGCCCGACUGGAGCAGGUCGCGGCCAGCUCCACUAUGCAUAAGCCGCUCGCACGGUCAAAUCGGGGUCU